AUGUCAACCAUCUCGUACGAUCCGAUCACUGCGCAGUCGCCGCCACCUGGUGAGGUCUCCUUCCUAAUGAUGUCGUGGCAGAAUGAUAUGGCGCAUUUUGAAAGUGAGCUGGAUACACUGGAAGAAGCAAGCAAGAUGCAAUUCUCAUUCAAAGUGCUGAAAUCCAGCUAUGCUCAAGAAGUUGACGACUUCGAGAAAGGGAGGAGAGUGUUCAACGACUCCAUUCUCGCUAUCCAACGCUCCUCGAUCACGAACAACGACACGGCUGCGAAAGCCGUGAAAAUGUUAUCAUGCGUUUGGCAUAGCAGUAUUAUAUCCGGUCAAUCUCCGCCACAACUUACUGUUCAGUCGAGAUUUGGCGCAAGCUUAAGGCAAGACUUUAUUCGCACAUGGCGAAAGGAAUUUGGUGCCAUACCCCAAGGAAGAAGUGGUCCCUCUGAUGGAGCACUUUCCCAGGAGCCUUUCGUGGCAAACGUCCAAGAGACCUUCCAAGAUGAAAUGAUGUUUAACCUUGAUUUCUUGGAUGAUCGAGCUUGGACCUCAGCCCUAAAUGAAGUUCCACUGUUCAGAGGUUCAACAACAUAA